UUCCGUCGCAUUCACAGUUCGACUUUGCCUUCGCGUUCGAUAUUCCAUCGUUCUGUUGCAGGAGUCGCAUGCAUAAUAUCCAUUAGGACACAGGCAACUCCCACACGAACCUCAAUCUAUCUGACCAUGGACUCGUGAUUCUGACUGGAACGACAUCUUCCUGGCAAGGGCCCUCCUCUAUCUUUACCAUCGCAUUUUCUGUAUCGUUUUGCUAAAAUGGUCAUCGAAAAGAAUGUCGCGAGGCCGGCUCAGAACAAGUCAUGGCUGGCCGCACAAUUGACUCCCCGGAAGCUGGCCUUCUACACGAUUUUCCAUGGAUUUCACAUCUCUCUCUUCGUUCUGGGAUGGUAUCUCCAAUCCGCUGACGUACGUCUGGCCGGGCUCAACACUCUCACAUUCAGUGUCUGGCUCUCGCGAGGAGCGGGUCUCUGCCUUACCGUCGACACGACUCUGAUCCUGCUGCCCAUGUGUCGCAGUCUGCUCAGGGUGGUCCGCCCGAGAAUCAAGUGGCUACCAUUAGAUGAGAAUGUCUGGUUCCAUCGCCAGGUCGCGUACAGCUUGCUUCUCUGGACCAUUGUACACGUCUCUGCACACUAUGUCAACUUCUUCAACGUGGAGCGUAUCCAACUCCGCCCAUUUGCCGCCGUCCAGGUCCACUACACACAAGCUGGCGGGAUAACAGGACAUGUCAUGCUGUUUUGUAUGCUCCUCAUGUACACGACCGCUCACGCCAAGAUCAGACAGCAGAGCUUUGAGACAUUCUGGUACACCCAUCACCUAUUCGUACCGUUCUUCUUGGCCAUGUACACACAUGCGACGGGCUGCUUCGUCCGAGACUCGGUUCAGCCAUACUCGCCGUUCGAUGAGCGACAGUUUUGGAAACACUGUAUCGGGUAUCACGGAUGGCGAUGGGAGCUCGUCGUGGGCGCGCUAUAUUUGAGUGAGCGCGUAUGGCGCGAGAUUCGAUCUCGACGAGAGAGCCGCAUUGUCAAAGUUGUCAAACAUCCAUAUGACGCCGUCGAAAUUCAGUUCGUCAAGCCCAGCAUGAAAUACAAAGCCGGUCAAUGGAUCUUCAUCAACGUGCCCAGCGUCAGCGGUGGUCAAUGGCAUCCCUUCACCAUCACUUCCUGCCCAUUCGAUCCCUACAUUAGCAUCCACGUCCGCGUUGUAGGCGACUUCACCCGCUCAUUAGCCAACGCCAUUGGCGCCGGCCCCGAACAAGCCAAGCUCUACAACGAUCUCGAUCCGAACGGCAUGUACGAGGUCGCUCUGCAAAACGGCCAAGAGAUGCCACGUAUCCGCAUCGACGGACCCUACGGUGCACCAGCAGAAGACGUCUUUGACAAUGAAAUCGCUAUCCUGAUCGGCAGUGGCAUUGGAGUGACACCCUGGGCAUCGAUUUUGAAGAACAUCUGGCACAUGCGUACCUCGCAGAAUCCGCCUAAGCGACUCAAACGUGUCGAAUUCAUCUGGAUUUGUCGUGACACGAACUCCUUCGAAUGGUUUCAGUCUCUGUUGAAGAGUCUGGAGGAACAGCACGAGGACCUCCGGUUGGGCGCAUCGAUUGAGUUCUUACGCAUCCACACAUACCUCACGCAGCGCGUUGAUAUUGAUACGGCGCAGAACAUCGUGCUCAACUCGGUCGGUAUGGACAAGGAUCCACUUACAGAACUCUCCAGUCGUACCAAUUUCGGCCGACCGAAUUUCUCCCGUCUGCUGGUCGGAAUGCGAGAUGGUAUCCUAAAUCAGACAUAUCUGCCAGGUGUUGAGAAGGGGGUGAAGACGGAUGUCGGAGUCUAUUUCUGCGGACCGAACACAGCUGCGCGAGACAUCAAGCGGGCGUGCAAGACGGCGACGGUGAAGGAGGUCAAAUUCAAAUUCUGGAAGGAACAUUUCUGAAGAACACAAACACAACGAGCCACGCAAUCGCGUAUAACAAACACAACGAAGGAUUCACUCAAACCUUGGCCUCUUGGGCUUUCGAGCUUCCGCCGGUGGAUGGGAAGCCCAUGUAGAUCUUGAACGAGUCAUAGAUCAUCCACUGGAGCCCAGUCAAGGUGCCGACCAUGACGAUACUGCAGCGACAACAAAUCAGCACGAGGCCCUCAGCACAGGAUUUGCCAGGAUAAUUCACUCACCGGACCGGAAGACCAUUCCACAAUCCGCCAAAGCCAAUAUCCUUAUAAAUCCUUCCGACCGCAGCUCCAAAGGCCUCGCCCGGCGCCCGGGAGGCAUUCAAUUUGCUAACCAUGACAUCGGCCGGAUGUGAGAUAAACGCGCAGAGGAUUCCCGCAAU